AUAGAUUUUGAAAAUGGUGGCCUCAAUUAUACUUCAGUAGAAGCAAUUAUAAUUGAUAAACUUGUGGGUUGUUUUCAGAAUAAACGGUUAAGGCAAUCCUUUCCUGAACCUGAGCCUAUGUCUAUCUAUCUUCUGAAGUUUUUUGUCAAUGAUGCUUUCUUAAGAAGAGAUAGACGAAUUAUUUAG